ACUUGGCACUACAAGACUUUUUCCUGUUUUUAAGGUAUGGCAUUAUACAUGCUGGUGGUAUAGGAAAGUACAUCAGUGAUUGGAUCCUUGAGGGGGAACCUGCAUUUGACCUGAUAGAAUUAGAUCCAAACCGAUAUGGAAAGUGGACCACCACAGAAUACACAGCAGCCAAAGCAAGAGAAUCUUAUGGUUUUAAUAACAUUGUUGGUUACCCUAAAGAAGAAAGAUUUGCUGGGAGACCAACAGAGAGAACCAGUGGGCUGUAUGAUUUGCUGAAAUCAAAAUGUUCAAUGGGCUUUCAUGCAGGAUGGGAGCAACCUCACUGGUUCUACAAACUUGGAGAUGAGACUGGAUACAAACCCAGUUUUCGCCGCACAAAUUGGUUUGACCCUGUGGGUCGUGAGUAUAAGCAGGUUAUGGAAAAAGUUGGUGUGAUUGACCUGUCACCAUUUGGCAAGUUUAAAGUAAAAGGCACAGAUUCUGUUAAGCUGCUGGAUCAUCUAUUUGCAAAUGUUGUUCCAAAGGUAGGUUCCACUAAUAUAAGCCAUAUGUUAACACCAAGAGGAAAAGUUUAUGCUGAGCUAACAGUCUCUCAACUGUGUCCUGGAGAAUUUAUGCUUGUAACUGGCUCGGGAUCAGAACUCCAUGAUCUGAGAUGGAUAGAAGAGGAAGUAACAAGGGGUGGAUACAAAGUUGAAAUAGAAAACAUGACAGAUGAGAUGGGAGUGCUUGGUGUAGCGGGUCCAUAUGCCCGACAGAUCCUGCAGAAGUUGACAAAUGAGGAUCUGAGUGACAGUUCAUUUAAGUUUCUCCAGUCUAGACAUCUGAAACUUUCUGAUAUUGCUGUUACUGCCAUUAGGAUAUCAUACACAGGUGAAUUGGGCUGGGAGCUCUAUCAUAGAAAAGAAGAUUCUGUAGCUCUUUACUAUGCAAUCAUGGAAGCUGGCCAAAAAGAGGGAAUUGACAACUUUGGAACAUAUGCUCUGAAUGCUUUAAGGCUGGAAAAGGGUUUCCGAGCCUGGGGGGCAGAGAUGAACUGCGACAGUAAUCCUUUGGAAGCAGGACUGGAAUACUUUGUAAAGCUAAACAAGCCAGCAGACUUUAUAGGAAAGCAGGCACUGAAGCAGAUUAAAGAAAAAGGGCUCAAACGACGACUUGUAUAUCUCACCCUGGAAACAGAUAACGUUGAUCCAGAGGGAAAUGAAAGUGUGUGGCACAAUGGCAAGGUUAUUGGCAACACCACAUCUGGAAGUUUCAGUUACAGUGCUCAGCAGAGUCUGGCUUUUGCAUAUGUUCCCACAGAACUCAGCAAAGUUGGACAGAAAUUAGAAGUUGAACUUUUAGGAAAAAAUUAUCCAGCAACCGUUAUACAAGAGCCAUUGGUGCUGACUGAACCAAUGAGAAUGCGCCUUCAGAGAAAGGGUGAAAGUCCCAAAAUAUAAACACAAAUGAGGAUCUAACAAAUUGUCUUGUAGGAAAUAGUUCAAUUAAUACGAAAUUAAUGAAAUUAAGAGAAACAAACUAUUCAGAUUUGCUAAUUACUAAAUGCAAAAUCCUCAUUGCCAUACAUGAGUGAGAAAUUCAAUGGUGUUAGGCUCUUGCUUCCUUGUAUAGGCCAUUCAUGUUAGAGAUCUGAGCACAGUUCAUCAACCAGUAUGCGUUCCCCCUUCUCUGUGGCACUUGUGAGCAGAAAGUGG